AUGGAGGCUGAUAUUAGAGCUGUGCUUCCCAACAUUGACCCUGUGGUCUCUGAGUACUCCGUGGGAUACCUUACUCAUGCCUCGACUACUUAUUCUGACGAGGAUGAUACGUCGGGUGAGUCGCCGCUGAACGAGGCUGCUUCCGCCAUCACCGAACUUCUGCUGUCCGCCUCAGGCCAGUUUAACGCGGAAACUGAGGAAAAGAUCAAGCAGCUUGUCGAGAAAUGGGUUGACAGGUACACUGAGUCUAAUGGAAGCCAGAGGCGAGGACCUUCUAUUGUCAGGCGUCUCGACCAAACCAUCCAGGUCAGCCAGCAGCGCAACAUGUCGUCCACUUUGGCCGUGGCUACAGGUGGCGUCGAUUUGGAGUCUGCCAACGCCAGAAAGGUCGAGUCCAAGGUCGAUCGCAAGAAGCUUGAAAAGGCCGAGCGAAAGAUUGCAGCCAAGCAGCAGAAAAAGACCUUCAAGACUGUCGAGUACGAGGCCUCAAAGCUGCUCGACCAGCCCGAGUCCACACAGUCCUACGAAGAGUUUUACAUGGCUGUCAACCCUCUCCAGCUGGGUGCCGGCUCUGCAAACAAGUCAAAGGAUAUCAAGUUGGACAACAUCGAUGUGUCUAUCAGCGGACAGCGUAUUCUUACAGACACAACACUUACUCUUGCCUACGGACACCGAUAUGGUCUGGUUGGUAACAACGGUGUUGGUAAAUCUACUCUGCUCCGAGCCCUGUCUCGUCGUGAGGUUGCUAUUCCUCUGCACAUUUCUAUUCUCCACGUCGAGCAAGAAAUUACUGGUGAUGACACUCCGGCCAUCCAGGCGGUUCUCGAUGCCGAUGUUUGGCGCAAGGUUCUUCUUAGGGAGCAAGAGCAAAUUACGGCACGCCUGGCAGAUUUGGAACAGCAGCGCUCUUCUCUAGCCGACACAUCUGCUGAUGCGGCCAGAAUUGAUCGCGACAGAGAAGCACAGGAUACUAAGCUGGGAGAUGUCCAAUCCAAGUUGGCUGAAAUGGAGUCAGACAAGGCCGAAUCACGAGCUGCCAGUAUCCUUGCUGGUCUCGGUUUCUCAACAGAGCGACAGCAACAUGCUACCAAGACCUUCUCUGGUGGUUGGAGAAUGCGUCUGGCUCUUGCGCGAGCCCUGUUCUGUGAGCCUGACCUGCUUCUUCUUGACGAACCGUCCAACAUGUUGGACGUCCCAUCCAUUACUUUCUUGUCCGAUUACCUUCAAACAUACCCCAGUACCGUCCUCGUCGUAUCUCACGACAGAGCGUUCCUCAACGAAGUCGCCACCGACAUCAUCCACCAGCACUCGCAGCGUCUCGAUUACUACCGUGGAGCCAACUUCGACACUUUCUACGCCACCAAGGAGGAGCGCAAGAAGGUUGCCAAGCGAGAGUACGAGAACCAGAUGGUACAGCGAGCCCAUCUUCAGGCCUUCAUCGACAAGUUCCGUUACAACGCCGCCAAGUCCUCGGAAGCUCAAUCACGUAUCAAGAAACUCGAGAAGAUGCCUGUCCUUGAGGCCCCAGAGGCCGAGUACAGUGUCAAGUUCAACUUCCCCGAAGUCGAGAAGCUCUCGCCUCCUAUCGUGCAGAUGUCGGAAGUUACUUUCGGCUACAACAAAGACAACGUUCUGCUCCGCAACGUCGAUUUGGACGUCCAACUUGAUUCUCGAAUUGGUAUCGUCGGACCCAACGGUGCCGGUAAGACAACUAUUCUUAAGCUUCUCAUUGGUAAGCUGGAUCCUUCCUCUGGUUUGAUCUCGCAACACCCUCGUCUCCGAAUCGGAUUCUUCGCCCAGCACCACGUCGACGCUCUGGACCUUGACGACAGUGCUGUCGGUUUCAUGUCCAAGAACUACCCCGGCCGAACCGAUGAAGAGUACCGUCGCCGACUUGGUGCUUUCGGUAUCACUGGUACAACUGGUCUGCAGAAGAUGGGACUGCUAUCUGGAGGUCAAAAGUCUCGUGUCGCUUUUGCAUGCUUGGCUCUUACAAACCCCCAUAUCCUGGUUCUUGACGAACCUUCUAACCAUCUUGAUAUCGAGGCUAUGGAUGCCUUGGCUGCGGCCCUCAACGAAUUCCAGGGUGGUGUGCUGAUGGUUUCUCACGAUGUUACAAUGUUGCAGACUGUGUGCACGUCAUUGUGGGUUUGCGAUGGAGGUACCGUUGAGAAGUUCCCUGGAGAUGUCCAGGCUUACAAGAAGAGAAUUACUGCACAAGCCAACGCUGCUGGUGUUGUUAAGCAGCACUAA